CGACAACCGCAUCGCUGUCAGGCGGUGGCAAUCUCCCUGAGAGUGUCUUCAUUCCUCUCUGUAAUAAUGAAUUUUCUCUAAUCUUCAGGCAUCCAUUUACGUACGUAUAUGUCCCCGAAUAUCAGGGGCAAAUGCACAGAAGAUGCUGAUCGAUAUAAUAAAUAUAACCCACUUUUGGUCCAGAUUCCACGCGAGGGAAACAAUAUAUGCUCACUAUAUUCGGUAGGGGGGAUAUUCGAUAAAACAAGGGCACACACCCUUUCCCCGUCUUUCCUUCUUUCAACUCGACGCGGACGUUCUUUCCUGCAUACAGUCGCUCCCUGCUCUGAUCUAUACACCCGGUGUCAAGACGUUCAAGAUGUCUGCCUCACCCCAGCAAGAGGAAGCACGCGAUAAAUCUCAGGAGGAUUUAGAAGAGGAACAGCAAGUCGAAGAGACUGAGGGCGCGGCAGACGCUAGCGAUGCUCCUCCUCCCAAAAGGGGACGUGGGCGUCCCAAGGGAAGCAAGAAUAAGAAGUCAGGGGGAACGUCUGCUACCUCAGCAACAGCAGAGGCUGGUGCUAAGAGGAAACGCGGCAGACCUCCGAAGGAGAAGAAAGAGGAAGCUGCUGAUGGUGAACCAUCUACCAAACGCAGGCGCGGUCGUCCGCCCAAGGCUAAAUCAGAUGCAGCACCCGACGCAGUCUCAGAGCCUGCACCUGAUACUGCUGGAGAAUCAGGUACAAAGAAAAAGCGGGGUCGGCCACCGAAGAAGACCUGAGACACCAACUUUCUCCGUUUCUGUCUCCCUGCUUUGUGUAAUUUUCUUUGCUCUCGUUUAUAUCUGCACGUACCAGAUCUAUCGCUUUCCUGCGCUCUUUUCACGCAUGUCAUGAUUAGUACCAAUUUCUUGCUUUUAUGAUUUACUAGGGCUCACAGUAUCUAGACUAUAUAAUGUCACUUUAACCGGAGGUCAUGUAAUCCCUGCCACAGAUCACUGUACACACGUCUACUUAUUUUUGUCUGCAUGUGAACGCAGAGGAUUUCGGGUCGACUUGAAA